AUGGAUAUGCCGGAAGUUAAAGCGUUCAACGCGGAGUUAUCCGGGUUGUACGAGAACAGGCCUCCAAUUUCGAAGGCCAAGAUGAGUGCUAUAACAAGAGGUGCUAUUAAGGCCAUAAAAUUCUAUAAACAUGUUGUACAUAGUGUGGAAAAGUUCAUACAAAAGUGCAAACCUGAAUACAAAGUGCCUGGCUUGUACGUUAUAGAUUCUAUCGUUAGGCAGUCGCGGCACCAAUUCGGACAGGAUAAGGAUGUUUUCGCGCCAAGGUUUGCUAAAAACAUGCAACAAACAUUCGCCAAUCUGUUCAGAUGUCCUGAUGAUGAUAAGCGUAACAUCAUAAGGGUUUUAAAUUUGUGGCAAAAGAAUAAUGUAUUCAGUCCAGAAGUUAUCCAACCAUUGCUGGACAUGGCCGAUCCCAACCAUCCACUGCAUUUGGAGAUAAUGCAACAACAAAAUAAUACUGCUAAUGGAAGUAGUCUAAAUAUAAAUCACAAUACGUCAGACAACAAAAUAUCGCCCAUGCCCCGGCAGGACUCACCACAUACAUCAUCCCCAAUGGGUGAUGCGUUCCAAGACGACAACUCGAAUCCUCCUCCAGCAAAGUUCAAUCGUAAAUUGCUCAAUGAUUUUGAAUAUGAAAGUGAAGAUGACCAGAUGUCUGAGCCACAGCACAGUACCGCUCACUCCGCUCACAGUACCCACACAACACACACAACACAUACAACACACAGCUCUCAUAACGCACACACUCACAACACACAUACUUCUCAUAAUGUACAUAAUCCUACGGACGCGCUUGGCAGUAUAUUAACAAAUCCAGAAAUAAUGAGACAAUUGCAAAGUCUGCAAGCACAAAUGCAGUUGAUGACUGGAAUGCAAAUACCUAAUUUAAUGCCAAUGAUGUCAGAUAUGCAACUACAACAGAAUCAAAAUCAAAAUCUUCCGUUUCUAAAUUCACAACCAGAACAACAAAAACAGAAUGAAUCCAAAGACGACAUGGCUAAUGAAUCAGAUAUAGAGUUUGUUGAAACCGGACCACAAGUUAUAGAAAUACCUGAUGCCAAUGACUCAAGGAGCCCGUCUCCACGUCGGAGGCACCGUUCCCGUUCAAAGUCUCCACGGAGACGUAGACGUUCCAGGAGUCGUUCUCCACGUCGCAGACGGGACAGAGACCGCGAUAAAGAUAAAAAUUACAAAGAACGAGAAGCAGAGAAGGAAAAACAAAGGGAAAGAGAGAAAAAAGGAUUACCACCGAUUAAGAAGGAAAACCUUAGUGUGUGCAGCACGACGCUGUGGGUGGGGCACCUGUCGAAGCUGGCCACGCCCGAGGAGCUGUCGGACCUGUUCGGCGCGUUCGGCGGCGUGGUGUCCAUCGACGUGGUGGCGCCGCGCGGCUGCGCCUUCGUGGUCAUGGAGCGGCGCCGCGACGCCGCGCGCGCCAAGGACAAGCUCAACCGCCACAAGCUGCACUCCAAGGAGAUCACCGUCGCGUGGGCGGCCGGCAAGGGCGUGAAGGGGCGCGAGUGGAAGGACCACUGGGAGGCGGAGCUGGGCGUGGCCUACCUGCCGUGGGCGGCGCUGCACGCGCGCUGGCUGCUGGGCGCGCUGUCGCUGGACGCGCUGGAGGACGGCGGCGCCGUGGACGAGGACACGCUGCCGCCCUGGCUGCCGCCGCGGAUACUCCCCAAGACGCUGCCGGACGGGCUGCCCGUGCUGCCGCCGCUGCUGGCUGGGCUGCCGGCGGGCCUGCCGCCCAGCAGCGUGCCGCUGGCCGCGCCCGCCCUGCCGCCCGCCCUGCCGCCCGCCCUGCCGGCCGCGCUGCCGCUGCCCGUGCCCCGGAUGCCUCCACCCGGGAUGACCGGUGGUUUGCCACCGGGAUUAGCGGGAGGCGUACCGUCAAUACGACCACCUGUGCCCGGUCUUCAGCGUGAAGGUGCGCUGUUGGGCUUUCCUCCACAGACGGGCAUGGUGGGCGGUUUUCUGGGCGGCUUGAUGGGCGUGGGCAUGAACAUGAACGUGGGCGGCCUGGUGCUGCCGCUUCCGCAGCACCCGCAGCACCCGCAGCACUCGCAGCACUCGCAGCACCCGCAGUUGCCGCAGCACCCGCAGUUGCCGCAGAUACCGCAGCAUGCAAUGCCGGUAUCGCGGCCCGAGGCUCCAGACGACGCCAUGGAUCUCGACAACGAUGACCAUGAGGAACCCAUGCCUAUGGAUCAGUUACAAGCGUUAUUAUCAAAACCGCCCCCGACUUUCAACUCGUCGGAACCACCCCCCGGUUUCAACCCCCAAGAACCGACCUUCGACGCCACACAACCUCCGCCGGAUGAAAAGCGGGACGAGGAAAGGAGGGACCGGGAUAAGGACCGUCGAGAUAGAGACCGGGAUAGGGAUAGGGAUCGUCGGGAUAGGGAACGCAGAGAUACACGGGAUACAGACAGGAGGGAGCGGGACCGUGGCCGGGACAGAGACAGAGAACGGGACGAUCGCCGGGACCGCGACAGAGACCGCGGCCGGGAGCGCCGGGACCGGGACCGGGACCGGGAGCGGGACAGGGCGAGGGACCCCGACCGGGACGACUCGUCGCGCAGUCGCGAGCGCUCGCCGCGCGCCGGGCCGGCGGCCGACGCGACCGAGAAGAGCCUGCAGGAGCGCCUGUGGGAGAUGGCCAACGGGAAGCCCGCGCCCGGUCGCGCGGCCGACAAGAGCCUGUGGGAGAUGGCCAACGGGAAGCCCGCGCCCGGUCGCGCGGCCGACAAGAGCCUGCAGGAGCGCCUGUGGGAGAUGGCCAACGGGAAGCCCGCGCCCGGUCGCGCGGCCGACAAGAGCCUGCAGGAGCGCCUGUGGGAGAUGGCCAACGGGAAGCCCGCGCCCGGUCGCGCGGCCGACAAGAGCCUGCAGGAGCGCCUGUGGGAGAUGGCCAACGGGAAGCCCGCGCCCGGUCGCGCGGCCGACAAGAGCCUGUGGGAGAUGGCCAACGGGAAGCCCGCGCCCGGUCGCGCGGCCGACAAGAGCCUGUGGGAGAUGGCCAACGGGAAGCCCGCGCCCGGUCGCGCGGCCGACAAGAGCCUGCAGGAGCGCCUGUGGGAGAUGGCCAACGGGAAGCCCGCGCCCGGUCGCGCGGCCGACAAGAGCCUGUGGGAGAUGGCCAACGGGAAGCCCGCGCCCGGUCGCGCGGCCGACAAGAGCCUGCAGGAGCGCCUGUGGGAGAUGGCCAACGGGAAGCCCGCGCCCGGUCGCGCGGCCGACAAGAGCCUGUGGGAGAUGGCCAACGGGAAGCCCGCGCCCGGUCGCGCGGCCGACAAGAGCCUGUGGGAGAUGGCCAACGGGAAGCCCGCGCCCGGUCGCGCGGCCGACAAGAGCCUGUGGGAGAUGGCCAACGGGAAGCCCGCGCCCGGUCGCGCGGCCGACAAGAGCCUGCAGGAGCGCCUGUGGGAGAUGGCCAACGGGAAGCCCGCGCCCGGUCGCGCGGCCGACAAGAGCCUGUGGGAGAUGGCCAACGGGAAGCCCGCGCCCGGUCGCGCGGCCGACAAGAGCCUGUGGGAGAUGGCCAACGGGAAGCCCGCGCCCGGUCGCGCGGCCGACAAGAGCCUGUGGGAGAUGGCCAACGGGAAGCCCGCGCCCGGUCGCGCGGCCGACAAGAGCCUGUGGGAGAUGGCCAACGGGAAGCCCGCGCCCGGUCGCGCGGCCGACAAGAGCCUGUGGGAGAUGGCCAACGGGAAGCCCGCGCCCGGUCGCGCGGCCGACAAGAGCCUGCAGGAGCGCCUGUGGGAGAUGGCCAACGGGAAGCCCGCGCCCGAUGAUAGUUACAAAUUUGUAGUUACAAAGCUACCUAUAUGCUAUAUACCUACCUACAUAGCUAAUAUUUCCUUUUUCAUCGUAGAUGGUGCAGCGGGAGUCGCCCCGGCGCCUCGACCGCCCUUCAAUCCCGAGUUAAGAAUGAGAGGUCCACCGGCUAGACAACCAAUGCGAGGACCGUGGAUGGAUGUUCAAGGCCCAGGUGGCCCAGGACCGUUUGGACCGAGGUUUAAUGGAAUGGGCCCUCCGUUCAAUCGACCGCCAUUCGAAAGGCCACCUUUUGAAGGACCGCCAAUGUUCGAAAGACCACCAUUUAAUCGCAUGCCAUUUGAUGGAAAUCGACCACCAUUCGAUGGUCCACGACCACCAUUCGAUGGUCCACGACCACCAUUCGAUGGUCCACGACCACCAUUCGAUGGUCCACGACCACCAUUUGAUGGACCCCGACCCCCAUUUGAUGGCCCGAGACCGUUUGACGGACCCAGACCACCUUUUGACGGACCGAGGCCGUCCUUCGAUGGACCUAGACCGCCCUUUGAUGGACCUAGACCGCCCUUCGACGGACCCAGACCACCGUUUGACGGAUCGAGGCAAUACGAAGGUUUCGACGGUGAGAGGUCCUUCGAUGGACCAAGAUUCGAGGGUCCACCGGAAUAUUACGACAGAGGUAACAGAAGAUUUGACGAGAGAGACCAAUACAAUGACAGGGGAUGGAACGGGGAUAGAGAAAGAGACUGGGACAGGAGAAAUGAAUGGGACGAUAGAAGGAGAGACAGGAGAGGAAGAGAGACAGAAGAAAGGUUUAGAGACCGCAACGAUAGAAGGAGAAACAUUGACGACAGAUCUAGACAAUCCCGGGAACCGGAGAAAAAUCCCCGGAGAGAUAAAGAUAGAAAAUCCAGAUGGGGCGCUGCGGAUGAAAAUACGAAUCAGAGUGACGCACAAGGGGAGCAGCAAGAUAAGGUUGCUGAGGAAACUAAUGAUACACAAGAGAACAAUGCAGUUAACGAUAGAGUUAAUCCUAGUCAAGAAGAACAAAGUAUACAAGAUAAUAGUGCUAGUGAUAUUAAUAGCGAAGUAGUAGAGCGAGAAACUGUGGAGAAAGAGUCGUACGAUCCGACUGAAGAAGACCGUAGGACUCCUGAAGACGAUAGGGAAAAGGUAGAGAAAGAGAUAGAAUAUCAAAUUGAACAGGAAACGAGUCGCACCGAUGAUACCAGUAUAGAAAAAAGCGAAGCCCAACCAGAAGUUCCAAUAGACUUAUACGACGCUAACGAUACGGUUGACACGAGCUUUGCGAUAGCGCCGGAAACUAAAUCACCACCGCCGGAUGUGGAGGCAAAGCCAAGUGAAGACAAAGUACAGGAAACGGAAACGCCGAAAUCCGAAGACAUCUUCGAACAGAGAGAGAGUCCAGUAAAAGAGAGCGAAACAAAACAAGAUUCGGAGGAAGCUUGACCUCGGUAUUUCCAGAUAAAAUGAUUCGGGGACGAUGUAUAACGCCAAAGAUUUAUUUUAUAUAUAAAUAUACGAGUGCCUUACUUGUUGCCGGUGUUUUGUUUGUUCGGGCGAUGAAGAGGAACCCGCCUCGGCGCUCAAGUGGAGCGACCGGGGCCAGGUACGUACGCGAGCCGAGUAUCCCCUCGAUACUGCAUCUUGUUUACUAACUAGAAUAAUUCUCAAAGAUGCAAUAUCGAAUGAUAUCAAUCCUUUUCCGGUUAUGGGGUGUCUAUAAAAUACGUCACGCUGAAUUUUACAGUUUUGGAACGCUCCCUUGUCACGCUUAGUCAAUUUCAGUGACCACCUAAAAAUGUUGCGUCACAAAAGCUAGGUCGUCCUCCAAUAAAUUAUUUAGUGAUUAAAACAGCAUACGAUUAAUAACUUUUUUUUUUUUUGGAAGGUAGACAAAAAUCUUUCCCUUUUCAUAUCUUGUCACACUAAGUAAAGUAAAGAUUACCAAAAUAGAGAGAGAAGCCAUAUUUGCGAACUUAUUUUAUAGACUACCCCUUACAAAUAUUUAAAAUAAAACUGAAAAUGGAUUAAGGGAAUUUUGUAUUAUAAAAACGCUUACAGAAUGAUAUUGUUUUAACUAAUUAACCUAAAAAUAUAAUACAAUAUUCUCAUCAAUAAAUCUUGACACUGUUGUACUCGGCGAGCGUCACAUUUUUAUAUUUACUGUAUCAAGUCGGAAUGAGAUUACAUUAAUGAUUUUGUCUAAUUGUUUUGAAUAUUUAUCGUAAAAGUCACAAUAUAUCAUUCCGACAUGAUAUUAAUAUCGCUAGCAAUGUGUGCAAAGGCCUCGACGAUGGCGCGUCGCCCGAAUCAACUGGAAAUACCUGGAACACGAACUGCCGAGGAAGACUCAAGAAUGUAUCGACUUAAAUAACGACUUCUUUAGACCGUAGAAACCGUUCUAUAUUUAAAAAAAUAAUAAUUAAACAAUUAGCUAUUCUAACGAAUAUUAAAUUUCGGACACUACAUUUUACAUUGCACAGAAAAAAGGAUCUUUUUUUUUUAAAUAUAGAACGUGAGGUUUAGAUCUUUUCACUUCACAACGUUAACGUAAAUGAUAAAUAUCUUGUAUAUUUUGUCUCUGAGAUUAGAUUGUUGUUAUUGGUUUUCGAACUGUAACUUUCAUUAUGAAUCGGCAUAUCUUAGGAUAUUUUUAUUUGUAUAUCAAACCAUUGAAAUUAAUUCUCUUAUAUUUGUUUUUUUUUUUUUUAUUUGGUGGAGGUAGACCACGUUUGUAUAGUUUUCAUCUAAUAAAUUAAAGUGUAGGUUCUAACAACUUAAUAGAUAUCUUUCUAUCUUUAACGAUAUUCACAAAGAAUUUUUCGGUAGAUUAGGGAGUGUUUAUACAAAAAAAAAUACAUUUGAAAUUGAUAUCGUUUCGCUGUUUAUAAUGUGUAAAGUAUAUAGUUUUAUAGGGGGCAUAGAAAAUUAAAAUAUAUGAAAAAAUCACAUUUAAAUAAUCUUAGCUUUAUUGUAUAGUUAAGCAUAUAAAAUGCAUGCUUAAUAUUUGUCAUACUUGUGCUUGAAUAAAAAAUAUAUAAAAUCA